CAGGAACAAUGAUGUCAAAGUAGAUCCUCUGGAACAUCCAAGGUCCUCAAUAUUAAGAUCUUCAUCAGUGAUGGAAAUUAUCAGAUAUGAGCCAUCAUCAGGAACAAUGACGUCAAAGUAGAUCCUCUGGAACAUCCAAGAUCCUCAAUAUUAAGAUCUUCAUCAGUGAUGGAAAUUAUCAGAUAUGAGCCAUCAUCAGGAACAAUGAUAUGAAAAUCCUCUAGAACAGCCAAGAUCCUCAAUAUAAGGAUCCUCAUCAGCGAUGGACAAAAUCAGAAUCUACAAGGCCUGAGUUAUAUGAAGAGGUGAAAUUAUAUAGAAAUGCUCGUGAGAGAGAGAAGCACGAUAAUAUGACAGAUUUGUAUGCUGUUAUUAGUACAAUGCAACAUUUAGAAAAGGCUUACAUAAGAGACUGUGUUACACCUCAGGAAUAUACAGCAGCAUGUUCAAAGCUGCUAGUUCAAUAUCGGGCAGCAUUCAAACAAGUUCAAGGUGAUGAUUUCCCUAAUGUUGAAGCAUUUAUAAAUAAGUACAAGCUAGACUGUCCUGCAGCUUUAGAACGUAUUAAAGAAGAUCGACCAAUUACUAUCAAAGAUGAUAAAGGCAAUACAAGUAAAUGUAUUGCUGAUAUUGUUUCACUAUUUAUAACUCUGAUGGACAAAUUACGUUUACAAAUACGUGCUAUGGAUGAACUUCAUCCAGAUGUCAGAGACCUGGUAGAAACCAUGUCAAGAUUGAGUUUGUUACCUGCUGAUUUCGAAGGAAAACUAAAGAUUGGAUCUUGGCUAUCUCGAUUGAAUAAUAUGCAAGCCUCUGAUGAAUUGUCUGAUUCAGAAGUCAGACAGCUAUUAUUUGAUUUAGAAAGCUCAUAUGAUGCUUUUAAUAAAACUCUUCAUCAAACUUAGUUUUGAAAUAACAGUUAUAUAUAUGAUA